GCACCAAAAACAUUUGCAACAAUGGCCGUUCCAAAUUACUACUUCCCUUAUGUCCCUCCACCACCUCCGGCUGUAAAGCCGCCAAGUCACCCAGCACCGCCGCCACCGGCGGCAAAGCCUCCAACUCACCCAGCCUCACCACCACCACCGGCAGCAAAGCCGCCAACUCACUCAACCCCACCACCUCCAUCAGCAAAGCCACCAAGUCACUCAACCCCACCACCUCCGUCAGCAAAGCCACCAAGUCACUCAACCCCACCACCUCCACCACCACAUAAGCCGUUUAGCCCACCGCCACCUCAUGUACACCCACCACCAUCACUACCACCCCAUGCAGGCCCGCCAUUGCCACCUUCCCCAUCGCCGAAUCACCCCACUGUCAUAGUCAUUGUAUUCAUCUCAUUCGGUUCUGUUUUCUUCCUUGCAUUUCUUGCAGUCGCUCUAUGUUGUUUCCUCAAGAAAAAGAAGAAGAAGAGUACUAUCCAAGAAACCGAGGUCAUUCAUUUCGACGAACAUAGGAAGAUCAAAGAGGCCAUAGUAGAAGGUCCCCACGGACCACAAGCUGUGGUACUAUCAGUUGAGGAUGAUGUUCAUUUAGAUGAGGCGAUCAGGAAAGAGGAGAAGUCUGAGAAGAUAUGGCCUUCUUCGAGUUCAAAUGUACAAGAAACUGAUUUUAUUCAUGUCGAUGGACAUGAGAAUGUGAAAGAAGACAUUAUAGAAGGUCCUCAUGGAUCAAAAGCCGUGCUGUUGACAAUUGAUGAUGAUAUCCAUGUUGAUGAGGAGAUAAGGAAUGAGAGUUCUGGUAAAGAUGGUCAUCACCAUUUCUCACAGCAGGGUGGUCAAUGA